AUGCUUGUAUUGAAGAUAUACAAGUACACAACAAGAUCGGGUUACGCUCUUGUAACUACAAAUUUCUUGAAACCCCAUUCUGAUACCUUGGAGCUGACUAUAGUUAUAGAAAUUGACUACUCCAGUGCAUGAAUCCCCAAAGUGAUAAUCCAAAAGGCCUUGCCAGGCAUAAAGCACUUGGAAUUACCACUGAACUCACAUAAGAGACUUGAUAGAGCCAAGCUCCUCCAGAAAUAUUCAGAAGGCCAACACAUUGGAGGACUCAAGAAGCCAUGCAGAAGGAACUUACAGCGCAAGAUAAAGAAUUCACCCCUCAAGUUACAUAUGGAGAGGAACAGAAAGCUCCUCAAGAAGAACCAGUCUAAACUCGUUCUCAAAAGAGGUGAGAGGAUCCUGCCUAAAAUCUUCACUCCAGACAUGAAGAAGAAGACUCGAAAAGUAAGCCAAAGAGACAGAGACCUCGUCUCGGUCUCUUUGGACUACAAUAAUGAAGCACAGGAGCAUAGCCAGUCUUUCUGCAACCAAUAUGUCGCAGAGAAGAUCAACUCUUCCUUCUCAACAGAGAGAGGCAAGAACAAUGUGAACAUCUCCUUUACAAGUUUCAUGCAGCAGUCUGAAAAUCUCUUCAAAAAGAGGAAAGUCUCACGGAGACCCGUGAAGACUCCUCACUUGAGCUUUCUGAAGGAAUUUUUGAGCCUGAAUUCCCGAAACAAGAAAGGAGUUGGUACUACUCAGACUUGUAAGGCUGUGAAAAGCAGACCUUACAAGUACAGAAUAGUGAACCCUCCGGAAUGAAUUAAGGGAUCACUCACAAAUAAGAAGAUAAGCAGGAGAGAGUUCCCAUUCCACAAGAGCCAUGCUGGCUCAGUUCAGACCUCCCACCUUACAGAGGUAGAUCAUAAGAACAUCAGCUUCAAAGGCUUGUUCCGGUACCACAAGAGGAUCUAGCUAUCUGGCCAAAAAUGGAAAUU